GUAUCUCGCUUGCUCAAGACCAACACCCUGACCGCUCCGCAAUCAUGCCUCCGCCUUCAGAUCAUCCAUGCCUGCACCUCCAGGCCGUUGACGUCCCUUUCUACACCGUCAAAUACGACCCUGCAGACGGGGUGCCGCCCUGGGUUAGCGAGCGGCUGGUCCAGAACAGCAAGCAGUUCUUCUCCGUCACGAAAACGUAUGACGAGAUCUCGGUCGCGUUCGAGGACUUUGAGGGUGUGCCGGAUAUCAGCAAGGCGGAGGAGUGGCGGGCUAUCAAGAUCGCAGGCCCGAUGGAGUUUGGUGAGCAUCUAGUGGGGGUUGUAAGUGAAUUCACAGAGGCUUUGAAGAAGGCCAAGAUCGGCGUCUAUGUUGUGUCAACAUGGAACACCGACUGGAUCCUCAUCCCUGCGGCGAAAUUCCAAGAGGCUCAGGUCGCGUUGAAGAGCGAUGGCUGGAGAUUUAAGGAAUAGAUUGUGCUUCGGGUAGAUAGGCAGCAGAUCUGUCGCACUUGACAUAUCGAGACAAUGGAGACAAUGGCGG